GGAACUGCACCGCGGAGGGCUAUCCCAAAGCCGAAAGGUGAGCCUCGAGAUACUUAGAUCUCUCAUGGCUCGUGCCAGCACUCGUCUCCCACCUUUUCUCUUGCUCCUCGCAGCAACUUGUGCCGCGGUAGCGAACGCGCAGCUGUCGGAGAACUACUACGGUUCUUCUUGCCCCGCGGCGCUUCUCACUAUCAGGACUACCGUGGCGACGGCGGUGCUGCUCGACCGCCGCAUGGGCGCCUCCCUUCUCCGGCUUUACUUCCACGACUGCUUUGUGCAAGGGUGCGACGCGUCCGUGCUGCUGGACGACACGCCCAGCUUCACCGGCGAAAAGGGGGCGGGGCCGAACGCAGGGUCGCUGCGCGGUUUCGAGGUGAUUGACAGGAUCAAGCUGCUGCUGGAGCUGAUUUGCCCGGGGACCGUCUCCUGCGCCGACAUCCUCGCCGUCGCUGCCCACGACGCCGUCGUCCACCUAGGGGGGCCAUCAUGGACGGUUCUACUUGGGAGGAGGGACGCCACCACCGCAAGUGCGUCCUUGGCCAACAGUGACCUCCCCGGCCCCAACUCCAACCUCAAUGAUCUCCUCGCCGCUUUCUCCAAGAAGGGAUUAAGCAGCACCGACAUGGUUGCUCUCUCAGGGGGGCACACCAUCGGCCGGGCGCAAUGCCAGAAUUACCGAAACCGGAUCUACGCCGACACCGACAUCGACGGGACCUUCGCGGCGUCGCUGCGAGGCGACUGCCCACAGGGUGGUGGCAACGACGGCAACCUCGCGCCUCUCGACGCCUCCUCGCCCGACUACUUCGACAACAGCUACUUCUCCGGCCUCCUCAGCCAUCGGGGGCUGCUCCACUCCGACCAGGCGCUGUACGACGGCGGCUCCACGGACGGUCUGGUCAGGAGCUACGCGUCCAACAAUGAUCAGUUCGGCAGCGACUUCGCGGCCGCCAUGGUGAAGCUGGGCAAUCUCGGUGUGCUCACGGGGGCGUACGGUGAAAUCAGGGUCAACUGCCGGGCAGUAAACUGAGGAUAGAUCCUGGGUAUCUAUCUUACAAAAUGAACUCUAUCCGUUACGGAAACGGGAAGUGAGACUGCGUCUUUAUGUACACUAUGUACCGAGUUAAAUGCAUUGGUUCCUUUAUUUUAUUUUAUUUGCGAAAUAAGAGUCUUCCAUUACUUAA